CCUCGCUAGCAAGAAUUCUACGAAUUGCUGAAUCUAUGUAUAAAACCGUAGUUACAUGAUAUUGCAACUAUUGGCUAAAAUGUGUUAUUCACCAAUUUUUAAAAUUGUAAAUUAAAAUAAUUUGUAAAAAAUUCUAUUUUGUUGCGUACAUAAAACAUACAACAUAAAUAUCUGUUUGUCAACAUGUGCGUAGUUUAAUAUUCUAAUUCUCUAAAUAAAUAUAUAUGUAUAAAAUGUAUAAUUCUUUAAUUUAAUUUUUAAUUGAAAAUUCAAUUUCCCUGGAAAUCCAUGAAAUACUGGUAACACGAGAUUUCUAGUUAUUUUUUUUUACUUUCUUAAAUAAGUGAUAAAGUGUUUCUUCGAUAGCCAUAAUCUCACGACUAAUACUUUGUAUAAAACGUAAAUAAUUAUUGACAUAUAAAGAAAUGCCACAAUAUAUAUGCAAUGGAAGUAACAUUGAGUAUAUAAAUAUUUUUACAACGAAAAACAUUAGGUAAAAUAUUUUUAACAAGGGGAAACCUCAUUUAAGGAUAUUCAAUGAAUAUCAUAUGUGAUAUUUUAUAAUUGUCAUACGCGAUAUCGAAUAUAAAUAAUUGUCUUUAUAUUGUUAAAUUACGCUUAAAUUAUGAGUGUUGAUAGCGAGAAUAAGUCAAAUGAAGCUAUUACUCCGUUUACACCAUCAGCAGAUCAGGAAAGUACAGAUAAUAGAAAUAUUCAGGAAACAACUAUAACCCCAGAAAUGGUGCUACGAUUACCUACAAUUACUGACAAGUAUUUAUGUUCUCCAGAGGCAAAUAUUUAUGACAUAGAUUUUACAAGAUUUCAAAUCAGAGACUUAGAGACAGGAGCAAUAUUAUUUGAGAUAACAAAACCACCAGCUACUGAAUGUGAUUCCAAUCAAGAUCUGGAACCAGAAAAUGAAGAAUCUGGUUGUGAGGAUGCUAAUACUGGCCGUUUUGUACGGUAUCAAUUUACACCUCAAUUUCUUAAACUAAAGACUGUCGGAGCUACAAUUGAGUUUUUGGUGGGUUCUAAACCAGUGAACAAUUUCCGAAUGAUUGAACGUCAUUUCUUUCGGGAUAGAUUGUUGAAAACUUUUGACUUUCAAUUUGGAUUUUGUAUACCAAAUAGCAAGAAUACUUGUGAACACAUUUAUGAGUUUCCUACUUUACCUGCUGACUUGGUUUCUGAAAUGAUUGCAAAUCCAUUUGAAACACGUUCAGAUUCGUUUUAUUUUGUGGACAAUCAAUUGGUCAUGCAUAAUAAAGCUGAUUAUGCAUAUAAUGGUGGACACACACAUGAUGUACUUUAGUAGAUAAAGUCAGUAGGAAACUUG